AACAGCAGUAAACGUGUUUUCUAGAUUUUCGCAGCUGUCUUGGUUUGUGUUUGUGCCAACUGUUUAGUAUUUCGUCGGUUAUUUUUAAACAUUGAAAAUUAUUGAAACGUGUUUACAUUAACAUAAUAAUUCUGAAAUUUUUAAUUCAAAUUGAUCUUUUUGACCAAAACAUCAGGUUGACUUCAUUUGUGGUAAUAACUUUAAUGAGCUUGGAGCUCUAAAUGGGAAGGAACAGGAAAGUUAAGCAGUAUGCCACUCAAUCAUCCCAGAGUGAUUCUGAAGAGAACGGAAACCAUUGCCCUGUAGAAUUCCUCACCUCUGAUGAUUUUAAGGUUGUUCUGCCCAAGCGACAUAAUAAACGAUCUCCAGACGCGCCGGAAGAUUUCCCUUACACUUCGAGGUCCCGAAACAACUCCUGCAGGAUCAGCGUCUGUUCCGAAGAAGCUGACGUGGGCUGCUACUCCAGUUUUUGGAUGAGCAAGUCUCACUCCAUCGACAAGCCUGCUAAUGGAAGCUCCACUGAUUGCAAGGAUACGACAUCGGAAGACGAUAAGGAAGAAUCUAUACUUGCCCUCAUAGCUGGUUUGGAAGUCGAGACUGCCGAACCUGAUGCUGACUGUGAUAAUGAGUCGGAGGACGAGAAAUUGCUCAAUGAGAUCGCCAACGCCACGAGCAGUGAUUGCUCAGAGACUCGUGAAUGUGAAAUUAACUGUGAUAAAAAUUUGUCUGCUUGUGAUGGAAGCAGCGACAAGCGGGUGCUUUUACAAGAAAAUAAACAUUCUGUGAAUGGAACUAUUGAUAAUUGUAACCCUGAUUGUUUAGUCGAUACGCGAAAUGUGCCUGAAGUCCUAGACUUAAAGAUAAAAUUCUCGGAUGAACCUAAUGCCGAAAGCUCUAGUCCAAGUAAUGUUGAUAAUGUUACUAAAUCUAAAAGUCAUAAAAAGAAAAAGAGGCCUAAGAAUAAAGCGAAUAAAGAGGCAACUGAUGAGGUAGGUCGAUCUCGCCAAAAUACAACUCCUUCCUCAGAGAAUUCUCCCACUGAGUGCCCAGCCGUACCUUCGUUUGAUACGGGUGAUAGUAGUAAGCAAGAUAGGAAGAAACUGAGUAAGAAAAGACUUGCUGCCAUUCACGAAGCUCUUCGAAAAGCCAAAGAAGAAGAAGAAAAGUGGAAGCGGGAAGAGGAGGCUAAAAGAAAGGAGGCAGAAGAAGCUGAAAAGAGAAGGCAGGAAAUUGCAAGGCUGGAGCAGGAAAAGAAAGAGAAGAAGAAGUUAAAGGAGAAAGCAAGAAAGGAGAGGCUGAAAUCUGAAGGACGUUUGUUGUCCAAGUCCCAAAAGCAGGCUAGAGCGCGGAUGCAAGCAACUAUCGAAAUAUACAGGCAGCAGGGUGUGGACAUUCCUCAGAUCGGUGAGAGACCAGAAAAGAGUGUUCGAGUUGGCAGCUACAAAAGUACCGUUCGAAGAAGGUUCGAUUCGACUCAGUCCGACAGGAGUGAAGUGAGUCGCAACAAAACUGAGUCGUUUUCGUCGCAAGAAUCGAAAGAAAGUUUCUCUGAUAUUCCGAACAGUUUCGAAUCCAAAGAGUCUCUCGAUUUCAUUUCAAUCGGGUCUCUCGCUACCGAAUCAGAUACGGGUCAUUACAGCUUUUCUGAGGAUUCGGAUGCAUUGGACGACGACAAUCUUCCCUCCGAAAAGUCAUUGGAAUCGGAGGCCAAAGAAUCUGCCGCAAAACCAACUCAGACUGACGUCAAAACGACCUCGUUGAUAAGCGAAACAGUUAUGGAAGACAAAGAGUCCGAAUCGAGACUGAGGUCACCUGUGAUAUGCGUCUUGGGUCACGUGGACACGGGUAAAACGAAGUUGUUGGACUAUAUAAGAAAAACUCAUAUUCAAGAUUCCGAAGCUGGUGGCAUCACUCAGCAGAUCGGAGCCACAAUGAUUCCACGAAACGCCUUGAAAGAGAAGUGCAAAAUGGUUAAAGACUUUGAUACAUUUAAUGUGGAAGUGCCUGGCUUACUCGUAAUAGAUACUCCUGGUCAUGAGUCUUUCAGAAAUUUGCGUUCGAGGGGAACGUCUCUUUGUGAUAUCGCUGUCCUGGUCGUUGAUAUAAUGCAUGGUUUGCAAGCCCAGACUUUGGAGUCUUUAAAUCUCUUGAAGGCAAGCAAAACACCUUUUAUCGUCGCCUUAAAUAAAUUAGAUCGCAUAUACGGCUGGAAAAGUAUUGAGAACGCCGAUAUCGUCGAGGUAAUUCAGAGUCAAAGCGAAAAUACCCUUUGGGAAUUCAAGAAGAGGUGCCAAGAUAUAGUUCUUCAGUUCGCCAAAGAAUGUUUGAACGCUGCGUUGUAUUAUGAGAAUUCAAAUCCCCGAACAUUUGUUUCAAUGGUCCCCAUAUCGGCCGUAACUGGAGAUGGAAUGGGCAACAUUUUGAGUCUUCUAACUCAGCUCACGCAGUCUAUGAUGUACAAGCAACUGAUUUACUCUGACGAGUUGAAAGCCACAGUUUUGGAAGUCAAAGUAACCCCUGGCUUGGGAACGACAAUCGAUGUGAUCCUAGUCAAUGGCCAGCUUCGAGAAGGUGAUACUAUCGUUCUCGCUGGACAAGAUGGUCCUUUUGUCACUCAGAUUCGCUCACUUCUUAUGCCGCAUCCUCUGAAAGAACUAAGGGUGAAAAAUCCAUACAUAGAUUAUAAAACUGUAGAGGGUGCUCAGGGUGUCAAGAUCUCUGGCAAGGAUUUAGACAAAACAUUAGCUGGUAUGCCACUUUAUGUGGUUCAGAAUCCCAGCAAAAUGGAGGCACUUAAAAAUGAAAUGUCCCAGCUUAUAAGUCUUGCAGUGAAUCACAUUAAAACAUCUGAACGUGGAGUUUACGUACAAGCGUCCACUCUGGGAUCUUUGGAAGCUUUGUUGGACUACCUCUCGGAAUCGGGGAUACCAUACUUCGGUGUCAAGGUGGGUCCUGUAGUGAAGAAGGACGUCAUGAAAGCGUCCAUAAUGUUGGAACACGACAGUCAGUAUGCGACCAUACUCGCUUUUGACGUCAAGGUAGACAAAGACGCCCAAGAGCUUGCUGAUCAUCUGGGGGUGAAGAUCUUGCACGCUGACAUAAUCUACCAUCUAUUCGAUAUGUUCGUUGAACACAGAGAGAAUCAUCUGAAGAAGCUGGAUGAGAAACGGCAUCUUGCCGUUUUCCCUUGCAUCCUCACACUGCUGGCCAAGAUAACGGCAGAUUGCAGUUCUCCCUUAGUAUUGCACGUGACUGUAGAGGCUGGAGUGCUGAGAAAUGGAACGCCCCUGUGCGUUCCCAAGCGAUCUAAUCUCGACAUCGGAACGGUUACUUUGAUUCAAGUAGAUGGUCAAACUGUUUUAUGUGCCAAAGAAGGCCAGAGUGCCUUGGUGACUGUUGACAGUGAUCUUCAUCAGCCGUUGGAAUUGGAACCUGAUGACAAUUUGGUGAGUCGUAUCAGUCGACAAUCCAUCGAUGUACUCAAAGAGUACUACAAAGAUGAGCUCAGCCCUUCAGAUUGGCACUUAAUGAGUGAGCUGAAAAAAGUUCUUAAUACUACCUAGGUGGUUUUUCAUCUGGUCAUUUUUUUAGAUAGCUCGAUGAAGUGCUUUUCCGUUGUUUGUUUGUAAUCGAUAGUUCUGCUCAAACUUAUUUUAAACUGCUUACUAAGUGAUGCAUGAGAUAUGACUUUGCUUUAGGUUUAAAUUUACUAUCAUUUCGGCGGUGUCUGAAUUAGUUAAUUAUGCCACGUUUCGAUGUUAGGCCUAAAACUUGUGUUGGAAUUAUUAUUGAACUAGGGUUUUUCUGUAAUAUAUAUGAUUUUUGGUACUUAAAAAUGAAACUUAGCAAAGCUAGGAAUUUUACCUUUUUAAUUGAGUCUUUAGUUAUAAAAUAGCAAUUAGAAAAAUAAGCCAUUUGUUGAAAAUUAUAGUUUUAAUGUAAAAGGUAUGUUUUCUGAUAUUACCCGAUUUUUUUUUCUCAAUUGCUGCAAAUGUAUGUAAUAGAAUAUUUUACACGAAACGAUCUUUUGCAGUUAACUAUCCGAGUUCAAAAUAAUUGGAUUGAGAGUGUGCCCCGGAAAUUGUGUUUAUUUUGAAAUUUAGGUUAUUACUGUAUUGAGUAAAUGAGAAAAACUUUCUAUUUUUACAUGCCAAAUCUGUUGAUGUUACUUGAAAGUACUGCUGAAAAACUUUGUGAUACAUAGUUUUGUUUUUCUUUUUAUCAUGUUGUAAGUUUUACUCUAUACCGGUAUCUUCAUGAGGUGAAAAAAAAAUUGUGUCUUUGUAUAAAAUAGUUCCUAUUCUGGUACGUGGUUUCCUUCGAUAGUUGAUGCCAAUUUCACUCCCAGAUAUUUUUUAACCUUUCAAUUAGAAAACGGUAUCAUUAAAUUAUAAAUUAUGUUAUAGGAAAUUAUUGAGGCAAUAGAAAAUACGUAAGAAUGACGUCACAUGUGUGGAUUAUACUUAAAGGAUUUUAGAUGAUUAAUUCUCCUGCGCAAUUAUCAUAGGCGAAAUUUAUCGUUUGGAAAUUGUAUAUCAGUUCAAUAUCGUUUGAAAAUGAUCUAUUGAGGCAAUUAAUAAAUCUUUUUUUUUUUUUUUUUGCUGAGAAAUAUGUCAGUCACAUCUGAAAGAUUUCUCUUGUGUUUGAUGUGAGAUACAUAUUUUUUUGCAAUUAAAAUAUAUUUUCUGGUGCGGGAAUUUGUUCUUUUAUUCGAUUCCCGUACCAGAUUAUCUUCAAAAUUAAAAAAAUAUAUUAGACAAGACACGAGGAAAUCUUUGAAGAAGUUCGCGUGUCUUUCGAAUUAAUACUGACGAAAAUUUCUAAUAUUGGAAUCGUAUCAACCAUGAACUCAAUUUUCUUUCAUUUCACCACUGAAAUUAUGUCAUUCUUGGUUUUUCAUGGCUGGCGUCGAUGCUGUGAAAUUUUCACUGAUGGCAUAUUUGCAGGUCACAGUGUGUAUAUAAGAUAACGAAUUUUCGGUGGUAGAUGGCAUUAAAAUACCAAAAUCUAAAAUUUCGGAAAGAAUUUUGUGUCAUUUCAUUCAACCCUAUUCCAUAAAUGUUUCAGAAUUUGACCAUUUUUCGGGAAUUGAGCUGUUUACCAAUUCCUUUACCAGAAAGUUAAUUGCUUUAGCUGAAAAUUCCCAAGGGAAUGCUAAAUAGAGAAACGAGUGAAAGGUUUCGGAAAAAUUUUCGCAAUUUAUUGCCGAGCAUAGUGAUUGAGUAUCAUAAUGUUGUCAGCAAUUGUUAGGUAAAUUGCAAAUGAUUAUUUUACUUUAUAAAAUAAAGUUUAGGUAAAACUUUCAAUUCAUUAUUGCGCACGAAAAGAAGCAAUUUUUAUUUCCCUAAAUUGAUCUUUUAAAUUUAUUUCAGAAUUGGUAAUUUAUUCUAUGUUUGUAUUCGAAAUUUUUUUUUUUUCAAAUUCUUAAUGUAAUUUAAAUUUUUCUUACGUCUUUGUGAUUAUCGAAGUGAUAUCAAAUCUUUUGUGAAAAUCAAAUGCUUGUGAUAUAAACUUCAAUUGUUAUCGACAUAGCCUCAUUAUAUUAAUAAGGUACGUCUACGUACUUCAUAAUACCUCUACGGACCAAAUUAGUUGACUGUGGAAAAUGAGCUAAGGUGAAAUUGGUAUCGAUUUAGUUAGGCCUAAUUAUUUAGAACAGUUUGUUAAAUGAAUGUUUUAAUUUUUUCUUCUUACUUUUGUUGCCAUACAUAUCGUUUUGUGUUUAUUGCUUAGGGCUUGUCUUAAUUUGUGCUUUCCUUUUUUUAACAAGUUUUUUUUCAAACAUUUUAUAUUAUCAUGGAUGCUAACCGCUUUAAAUUUAAAGCCAUUUUAUCUAAUAUUUAAUAUUUUGUUUAUGUUCCCUUAUUUUUAUACUUUUCAUAAGCGCCGUCUUGUUUUCAAUGUAGAUAAUUGUUGCAAUAUUUUUUUGUACAGAAACGAUUUUUUUUUAUUAACUUGGCAGUUAUAUUCUAUGCAAGUUUCGGAUAUUUUUAUAAACUUUUAAUUUUUUUUUAUUAGAGUCCGGAUUUUUGAUGAUUCAUAAAAUCCCCAUAAAUAUCCGUAAAAAAAUGCUAAAUUUUUUUUCUUCUUAUAAAUACAAUAAAGCCUUUUUAAAGUAAAAAUAUUAUACUAAAAUAAUGUUUUUUAUAAUAUUUGUUUUAUAAUAAAACAAAGUUUUUUUAUAAACACCAGCAAUGUGUUUGAAUAAAGCAGCUAUAUUAUACUAAAACAAUGACUCUUUAAAAUUAUUUUCAUUCAGAUCAAAAUCUAUGAAGCAAUGCAAUAUGUUCGUUGAAGUUUGAAAUGUUAUGUUAUUUCCUUUUUUGUUGUUAUUAUCAAUAACAAACAGGAAAAUUUAUUGACCUCAGAACAUUUUGCAUUUCAAUUUUAAUGAACAUAAAAAGUUCCAAUAAUGCUUUAUAUCAAAAUUUCAUUGGAUUAUAAAAAAUAUUUUUAGUAUUUUAAAAUUUAAAAAAAAAUUAAGAAAAUAUUGAAGAAAAAAAUUAAAAGAAAAUAUCGCAUAAUGUUUUAAAGAAACCCCUAAAAAUCUAAACAAAAAAAAAUAUCCAAGAUUUAAAAAAAAAAAUUAUGAAAAUAUAGAAGAAAAAAAUUAAAAGAAAAUAUCGCAUAAUGUUUUAAAGAAAGCCCUAAAAAUCUAAACUAAAAAGCAAAUAUCCAAUAAUUCAAAUGUCAUCGAAAUCCGGGCCUCAUUUGUAAUUCUUUAAAUAACUUCUAAUCGCUGCUAUUCAAUGUAUGUGAGUUUAUAGGUAAAAAUUAACUUUCAGGAUAUCAUUGAAAUGUUUCAGUUGAGGAUUUCAUAAUACUCCUCUGAAUACAGAAAAUAAUCCCCGCAGAUUAGCAUCCCUGUAUUAUAGUACAAGUAAAGAUUUUGUGUGUUUUGUAUAUUUUAUUUUUAACAUUGUGUCUGUUUUGUUUAUUUGUAUGCAAACGCAUAGCUGUAUUUGUUUGCUUUUACAUUUUAUUCAGAGUUAAAUUUUUAUUUGUUUAUCUACUUUUUUUUUCUCAAUUUUAUGUUUUAAAAGAAAUUUAAAUAUUUUUGAUUUAUAUCUGAGUGGAGAAGUAUUUUUUUUUUUUUUGCUUGUGUUCAAUUUUCUACUAAAUUAUUUUUUUAAAAUAAUUUUACUGAUUUCAUAUCAUGUUUAUAAUUCUAAUAUUGUAUGCUGGUUUUUCCCUUUUGUAAUUGUAGUUAUUGAAAGGGUUAAAAACUCUUUGCUGUAAUAAUUCAAUGAAGGAAACCACUCAGCUCUUUCCUAUAAAUUUUGUGUUUGAAAAUAUUAUUAAAACGAAAAAGUGUUCACGGCUCAUACUUGUCAUUUUUUUGAAGAGAAGUAUUUUUCGAAAUAAAAACACUUAAAAUCA